AUGAAACGUUCAAAAUCUAAUCUGCUCUCUCUUCCUCUCUUUCUCUUUCUCGCUCUCUCUCUCUCGUUCUCUCUCUCGCUCUUUCUCUCUCUUUCACUCUCUCUCGCUCUUCCUCUCUCACGCUCGUUCUCUCUCUCACUCCCUCUCGCUCUUUCUCUCUCUCGCUCUUUCUCUCUCUCACUCUCUCUCACUCUUUCUCUCUCCUUCUCACUCCUCUCUCUCCUCUCCCCUUUUCUCUCUCAUUCUCUUUCACUCUUUCUCUCUCUCUCUUUCUCUCCCUCACUCUCUCUCGCUCUUUCUCUCUCUCACUCUCUCUCGCUCUUUCUCUCUCUCACUCUCUCUCGCUCUUUCUCUCUCUCUCUCUCGCUCUUCCUCUCUCCCGCUCUUUCUCUCUCUCUCUCUGUCCUUUCUCUCUCUCCACCGCUCUCUCACUCUCUCUCGCUCUUUUCUCUCGCGCUUUUUUUCUCUCUCUCUCUCUCGCUCUUUAUCCCUCCCUCUCUCUCUCUCACGCGCGCCUUUUCUCUUUUUUCGCUCUUUCUCUUUUUCUCGUUCUCUCUUUCUUGUUCUCUUUCUCUCUCUCUUUCUCUAGCUCUUUUGUCUAUCUCUCUUUCUCUCUCUCUCUUUCUCUCUCUCUCUUUCUCUCUCUCUCUCGCAAACGCUUACAUACGUUAA